AGCUCAACGCACUUCCGGCGCGCAGCGGGCGGCCAUGUUGGAGCAGCGGAGGCGGCGCAGAGGCGCGUCUUGGGUCCCCGCGGCGGCGCCGGUGCUGAGAGCUGGUUUGCACAUACCUGGGCAGAUCUGCAGUGCCUAAUGCCAUGAGCGUGGUGGUGCAACAUGUGGAGGAGAAAGCUGUGCACUCCUGGUCACGUAUCUCCACAGCAGGAAAGAAGGCCCUGGAAGAGGCGCUGCUUGUCUUUAACCCCAUGAGCCAGGAUCUCAGUGCCACAGAGGCCCAGCUUGUUGCCUUCCUGCAGGGCCUGCGAGAUGAUGGCUUCCAACCUACCAUCCUGCGCAGUGGUGAUGUCUAUGGCUAUAGUUCAUGUACAGCCAAUCCCCCAAGCCAGACGAAGUUGCAAGCUCGUGCCCCCAAUGCAGCUGCCACAUCACCUCCAUCCAGUGCUCCCCGAACUGCCAUGCGGCUGCCCACAGGCCGGGCCACACUGCUCCCCAUGCCACUGUCUGGCAGGCUGGCUAAAGCAUCCACACCAGCCCUUGCCAAGCAUGCUACCACCAAUCUGCUGCUGAGCUCCCUGAAGCAAUCAAGUGCUAGCCGUGCCCAGGGUGCAGCAGUGGGCUUCCCUACCCACCUCUACCCAGGUGUCUACCCUGCCAUGCGGCUCUCUGUUGUCCUUGAGGCCCUGGUUCCACUCAAGUCUCCCAUGCCCUGCUUGAGUGCCAAACACAAGGCACAGUCACUCCAGCUCUCACUUGCAGACUCUCCUCUGAAACUUCGGAAAGGUUCAGGGAAAGGCCCAGGGAACUCCUGGCCCAAAGGUCCCAGAAAAACUACAAGCAAGGGCUCCAAGUGUCUGACCCACAAAGGCCCCGGGGCUGGACCCCGACGAGGCACUGGACCUCAGAGCAAGACUUACAGAGUCACUGGGUCCAUCAUUGGCCAGCGCAUGAAAGGGGGCUCUGUCCUAGGCACCAAAACAGCCCAGGCCAAGGCAGCUCGAACACUGGCCAAAGCUGCCCGUGCCCAGGCCAAGGUAGCUCGAACACAGGCCAAGGCUGCCAAGGCCCGGGCCAAGGCCAAGGCAGCACAGGUCAGGGCCCGAGUCAAGGCCCGGGCCAAGGCCAAGGCAGCACGGAUCAAGGCCAAAGCCAAGGCAGCACGGGUCAAGGCCAAGGCCAAAGCCAAGGCCAUGGCAGUACGGGCCAAAGCUAAGGCCAAAGCAGUGCGUGCCAAGGCCAAGAUGGCUCAGACUCGGGGCAGGGGUAGGCCAAAGGGGUCUACUCAGGCCAGAACUGCAAGGAAGGGCCAGAAAAGUCACCCAGAGACUGUUGGACAGAAGAGGAAAAGGGCUGAGGAGACAAAAGAUCUUACUCCCAAGAAGAGAACACGGCUUGGGCUCCAAUCUCCUAAGGCGUGGCUAGGGCCUGGAACAGCAAAGCUGCUAAAGUUCCGUGCCAUAAAGGUAGAUAGGCAGUCCUCGGAUGAUGAGGUACGGCAGUGGGCUCAGCGGAUCCUCUGUGUGAACCUGUCUCCUGUAAUACGGCUCCAGCCAUUGCUACCAUAUUCAGCACCCUGAUUCCUUCACGCAGCAGUGUUUGGGGAAACAACCCAGGUGUCUGUAUAGCCAGUGGCACAGUGUGCUAUGCCUGUGGACUCUGCAACCUCGAGGAUUCCGGGUACCUCUCCAGGGCCCUGGUGGCCACCAGCCUCCUUUCAGAAACUGGAGGGGGUGGGGUGGGGUGGGGAGGGCGGGCGGGAGGGGUGUUUUCAUGGCGUGAUGCACUGUGACUUGUUAUUCAAGUUGUAUGUCCACUGUUCCAUCUAUCACGUUUUAUACCUUUCCACCUUCCA